AUGACAAGUGACACUACACAAGAAAACAAUACCGUGACAUUAUAUGUUAAAUAUAAAAGUGAAUUUGAAACAGCUAUCCAAGAUACUCAGAAUAGAAUAGGGGGUGGAGAAAAUCCUGGAAUGAAAUGUGGUCGAAUGUUUAAAGGAUGUCUUGAUUUUACUACACCAUGCCAAGAGGUUGGUAGAUAUUUAGUUGAAAUAAAGGAAAGAUAUAAAUCCGAUAGCUUGAAACGUUGUAAAUACUUAAAUUAUAGGAUAAAUUCAGAUAAUAAUUAUAAUAUGAAUCCUAAAUGGUUUCAGGGAUAUAAUGAAUUUUCAUCCCUGUUAGGUAAUAUAUGUGUCCAAAAAUUCACAGUAAUUCAACCUGAUAUUUUAAAAAAACUUAAAGAUUUAUACAGUUAUUAUGAGAAUUUUAAUAAAUAUAAAGGUCAAGAAAAUGAUUCAGAUGGUACGAUUUGUAAUAAUAUUAAAAAUCUUUAUAGCAUUUAUAAGGAUAAUUACGAAAAAUGUCCAAUAAAUAGCAAUGACCCUUUUUGUGAGGAGUUAAUCAAUUUUAAGAAAGCAUAUGAUGAUAAAAUGCAUAAAUUAUCUCCAUGCAAAGAUUUACCAAAAACAUUACCACACAUAGAACAAACUUCACAAAUAUUACCGCCUACAAAAGAAGAUGACGCAUUUGUUCCCAUUCUAACAACAUCUAUAGUAUUACUAAUGUCUUUCACUAUAUUUUUUUUAUAUAAGUUUACUCCACUGAAAUCUUGGAUAUAUAAUCGUUUACGAAAAAAAACAAUUAUUGAACUUAACAAAUUUCAAGAAGAAUCGAGAGACUCCUUACAAAACCUUCAUGAAGAAGUAAAUAGAAAUUAUAAAGGAAGUUCUCAUAAUAUAUCCUAUCAACCUCAAGGACACACGUGA